AUGUCCCUCAUAAUUACUUAUUACCUGUCUCCUCUUAUUGCUUCUUCACUCUAUUCACCCUGCUCCUCAUUUUCCCAUCCCUUCAUUCUUUGUUCUAGUCACCCUGUACUUAACUGUCCCUUGACCUUUUGUAUUCUAGUCAUCCUGUAUCUCAUUGUCUCUUAUCCUUCUUUCUUUUUUCUUAUACCCAUAUACUUAAUUGUCUUCUGUCUUUGCAUCUUUGUUCCCAUCACCAUGUAUCACAUUCCCCAUUGUCCUUUGGUCUUCUGUCUUCUAGUCACCCUGUCUCCUCUCCUUAUUUGUUUGUUCAAGUUAUCCUGCUCAUCAUUAUCCUUGUCCUUUCUUUGUUUUAGUUAUCCUUUACCUAAUAAUCUCCUAUCCUUGUUUUUUUUCUUUUUAUCUAUUAACCCUGCUUCUUAUUGUCUCUUGGCCUCCUUUAUAUGUUUGUAUCACCUUGUCUCCUCUCAUUACUUUUUUGGUUUUUUACUCUGCUCUUCAUUGUUCCUUGCCUGUAGUUCACUGUGUCUUAACCUUCUGCAUUCUUGUCACUGUUUAACUCAUUAUCCUUUCUUCAACUUUGACCUAUUUACCCUCUGCUCCUCAUGGUUUUGCACUAUCUUCCUCCCAUACUCCAUUUUUAUUUUUUUCCUUUUAUUUGCCUUCAUUCUUUUUCUUCUCUCUUUAUUUACACUCCUUGUUUCUCUUUCCAUUCAUUUCUCUACCUGCAUUCCACCAUACCCCUGGUUUCUUUUUUUUGUCUUACAAUUUCAUUGUUCUCUUUCCUUCUUAACAAACACAUUUCCUCUCUUUCUUUCAAGAUUUCUUUUUCUUUUCCAAUCGCAAAUCUAG